GUGUGAACUCGGUCAAUGGCCCCCGCGGCUUCUCCACCUCCAAGGGCAAGAAGAAGGAACGGACCGAGGCGCAGCGCCGUGCCAGCCGUCCCACGACGAUGGGCGAGCAGCUGGGCGAUCACCAGCAGUGGGCCUACGCAGCCACCGGAGCGCCAGUGCCGCAGUCCAUGGCCCGCGGCCAGCGGUCGUGGGCGGCCUUGGUGGGCGCCGCUGUCUUCUGGCUCUCCAAGCUAGCCGACGAGUUUGGCCGGAUGAUGAUCAAUCGCCGUUUCUGGCCGACGAACUUCGUCAAGCGCAUGCGGGUUAUCCCGCAGCAGUUCUACGCGUGCCGCCGCGUGCCCAUCCACGUAGAUUUUGGCAGCAAUGGGCAUGGGCGUUGGCGGGUGUGUGGGCCAUGCGCCAUGCGGGUCGCCUGCCAGGACAUCGAGCCAGACAAGUCCACGAGGGCGCCAGCGGCGAGGGCGUCGGCGGGGGCGGCGCCGCCGUGGCCAGCGUCGGCCGACGCUCAAGCAGCUGGGACACCCUAUCAGCAGGUCGAAUCGGAGCAGCCCGACGUGAUCAUGCACGACGUGGAGGAGCAGGCCAAGAAGCAGAGGGCCCAGCGUCGCCGACAGGCAGCACCAUCGCCAGCCAAGAGAGCGGCGAUGGAACCCUCAGCCAGCUCGGGCGACGGCAACGACGAGACAAUGCGCCUCCUGCAGCAGAUCGCCAACAAGCAGCAUCAGCAGGAGGCCUCCAUCGACCAGCUCUGCGCGACCGUGUCGGGCCAGAUGGAGUCGGCCGCGACGCUCCAGUCGAAGGCGCAGCAGCUCUCGGCGCAUUCGUCGACGGCGCAGGUCCUGACUGGGUGUGGGACUCCGUCGGCGGCCGCGGCCGCGACUCAGGAGGGGGGCUGGGGCUUCGUCGGCGCGGCUCCAGUGGUGAGCGCCUACCCGUCGUACGGCGCCGGCCCAGCGACUCAUCGGACCUCGAAUGCGGCAUGGCCUCCGCCGUUCGGCUGCGCCAAGACCAGGGUGGGCAGCCCUCGGGGUCUUCGCGAUCAGCAGGGGGCUCUCAUCUCGUGUUCCACGAUCAGCAGCUUCGCGAUGCUUCAGGCGCCAGGGGGCACGCAGCAGCAACCCCCGGCGACGGCCCCAGUGGUGUCCGCCCAGCAGCUCACUUGGGUGCAGAGCGGCCCGAUGCAGGCCUUCAGCGGCGCGACCUUCGCCAGCCAGGGGAGACCCGUGGAUGCCGACGGAGAACCCGGAGGGGCGGCCUGGAGGCAGCAGCAGCAGAUGAGGGACGCCGAGAAGAAGCGCCUGGCCAAGGAGGGGUGGGAGCAGACUGGGUGGAAGACGUGGGGCCGCGAGGGCGGCGGCAA